ACUCGACCGUUCUGUGGCAAAUCUGGCUCAGCGAGAAACUUUAACACUGCAGUACACAUCGUUAAUUAAGUAAUAUUCUUUUCGUUGAGUGGACGGAGACUCAUGCCAACAAAUAAUACCAAAGGAAGAGAGAAAAUAAAGAAACAAACCAAUGGACUUCUUUUUGAAGUUUUUAAAAAAGACAUGAAGAUGAAAGAAAUUCAGCCACGUGGGAACGUACCUGGAAAACUGAUUACAAAGGGUUCUGAGAAUCGAUUACGUUGAGACUGAAAAUAGCGAGAGGACAUACUGCAGUCAACAUGAUCGGAUUGUUUUAUCGUAGAAAGUUCUUUUUUCUCCUGGCGACUGUGAUCGGAAUGUUCAUUUACACCAUUUUAAGCAAAGAUUACCUCAACAUCCAAAACUACCAAGUCCAAAGCUACGCAAAACGAGAUGACAACAAAGAAGCUGUAGAUGAAAACGAGGAACAGAAAAGCAGCAUCCAAAGCCAACAAGUCCAGUUAGAUUCUCAGAGCCAAACAUCAACGAAUCCAGCUUUGGCAAACGAACCUGAUUUAGACAAGCUUCCUUCUUCGACCGACUCACCUACUGAAAGGAAGGACCAAAAAGGGAUCAGUGAUAAUUGGUUACAAGAUGACCAUGAACAUGGAUGGAACAUUGAUACUCCAAGUCCUUUAAUGCAACAUGUAAACAGCGAUCCUUCAGUAAAGGAAGAAGCCCAGCAGAAUGGUAAAGGGACUGUUGCUGAUCAUACGAACAACUUCUCUACCAUGGCUGAUGCGAAAGAUAUGGUUGAAUUCAGUAAUGCCGACCAAGAAAGAAAAACAUUAGACAAUUCCAUCAAUGAAAGUUUCUUCGAUCCUAAUGCGCUUAUGUUCCACGACAACAAUAAUUUAGAAGAACAUCAGUCGCAAGCGGAGCAAAAAUUGGACAUCCAAAAUAAGAAGAAAAUUUUAAAAACUCUUCUAAAUGAUGAGCCAAAUUCUCACCUCCUUCCAUUUAGUAUUUGCCCCUUUUUGGGAAUUCGAGAAAGUAAAGUAAACCCUUGGUUAAACGACAGUCUCAAUGAAGUACGCUGCAGACCCAAGACACCAAGUGAAAAAGCAUGCAAAGAGGCAUAUAUGGCAUAUAAUGUACAUCUGUCGCCUCUAACGUGCGAAAAACAGGGGAUUGCCAAUGAGAUAUGCAACUUUAAAGAAGAUGGUACGAUAGAAUGCGAUAUGUCCCCGUGCACGGACAACUAUGUUUAUUUGUCGGGCGUGGAUCCUGAUUAUGGGAUCGUCACGAAUGAUAACACAGCUUUCCUUAUGAAGUCUAACAAAGAACUAGAACGUUUGGUCUAUGACUACUCAAAAUCUAGCAGCGAAAAUGGAUUUAACUUCUGCUUUCUCAAAUGCAAGUGCUUGGGAUGCAGUACCACAUCAUUGUUUUUGGAACAGUUAAUCAUUUUCCAGCCAAAAAUACCAAAUGGGCCAUUAUUAGAACUGCCGUUAAUCAAUUUCAACAUCAUUACUUUGGAUUCUGUAUCACGGGCGCACUUUUAUCGAUCAUUACCAAAAACAGUCGAAGUACUUCGCAGAAUCGUCCACGAUCCAAGAUUGGAAGCGACGGUCCUGGAUUUUGAGUUGUUUCAAAGCAUGGCCGAUUACACGUUUCAUAAUAUUCGAACAUUAAUGAGCGGGAAGACUGACUCGGAUUAUAAAGCGCACAAAAAACAGCACUAUGAGAUCGAAUAUUUAUUCAGCAUACUGAAAUCGAAAGGAUACCACACCCUUUUGCAAGAGGACAGUUGCUGGUAUGAUGAGUGGGGGUCACUUUACACGGAUAAUCUUUUCCAAGGAAAACAACCUCAGAAUCUGGAAGACUUUAGUUCUAGAUGGAAGACUUUUAAGAAACAAGUCGAGAAAUACUACAUUGACGAUUUUGGACUGUCUCAUUUUUCUUGCAAGGCAUUACAAAGGUACAACAUAACGAACCAGUUCAACCGGCCGAAGAAGAUUUGCUUCGGUGGAAAAGUCUUUGCAGAGUACUUCUUAGAUUAUAAUGAGAAAGUCUUUAAGCAGAAACGGACGUCUAAAACACCUAUUUUUGCACAUACACACUUGAAUACGGGGCAUGAAAUCUCUGGGACUAGGAUUAAACAAUUGGAUCAAAGACUCUCUGAAUUUUUCCUUAAUAUGGCUGGACAGGAGAAUACCUUAACUCUCGUCCUUUCUGAUCAUGGACCCAAAACUACCACAUACGCAUUCCGUACGAUGGAUGGAAGGGCCGAAAUCUACGACGCUUUGCUUUUUGCCAUUUUACCUGAAAAGACCGCUUCGUUCCUUGGGUACCACAGAACAAAAGCACUGAUAACGAACCAGAAAAGACUUCUGACAACAUUAGAGUUGCACCAUACACUUGUUUCCAUUGGAAAUCUAGAUAAAGAAAAUUCGGGGUCUACACAGCUGGAAGGCAUCUUCGCAGAAAUUCCAUCCAAUCGUUCGUGUUCUGAUAUUUCCAUGAGAAGUGCGGCCGUUUGUAAAUGCGAUGGAUGGGAAAAAACAUUCUCAACUAACCAUCCUUCGUUGACUUGGCUUGCUGAGCUUGCCCUAGGCACUUUAAACAAUAGGAUACAAACCGAAUUCAUGGAAAACAUAGAUUCAUGGGGCGGCUUUGGAAAUUGCCAAAGACUCGCUGGAAAAACGUUUGAGAAAAUACGACGACGCUCAGUGGGUGAUAAUUAUCUGGUGACGAUGGAUUUGAUUGUCAUUCCUGAGUCCGAGAUAUUCGAGGUGCAAAUAGAAUACCCUAAGAUACCAAGACAAUCCAACAAUAAUGUAACAUUGACACACCUAAGUAGAAUAAGCAUUUACAGACGUUUUGAUACAUGUAAAGACGACACCGUCAACCUCACGAUAUGUGUCUGCAAGUCGAGAAAAUAUAGUUCCUAUGGAAAUCGUCAAUGGAUCAAAAUGGAUUCGAGGAAACACCUUUUGAAGAUUUUGGCAAGGAGUAAGAAUUUCGGUGCUAAGGUCAAGUUCACUGAUCUGCACGCAAAUUGCUUGGUAAUGAUAACAAGGACGCAUUCAGCACGUACUUCAGCAUUUGAGAUUGCCAACGCUUGCUCGGAUCGUUCGUAUAAGAUCAAGGUAUCAGGGAAGAGUCGAGGCCAAGCGAUUGUAUCAAGUCCCCUUCCAUUAAUUCUCACAGUUGAACCAUUAACUGCACAUUUUUUGUUUUCGGUUUAUCACCUCGAAAGGCCUUAUGGGUUCAAGGCUACCACGUCGUAUAAAGCUUACUUUAUCGAAGACUGAGUUGACAAACAUUUUCUAAAGAAAGAGACACUAGUUUUUCAAUGGUCGACAGAUAAAUGGAACCUUGAGGGUACGUAACAGGGUAACAUUUCAAAAUUGGUACACCAACAGGCAGGGCGUGUAUAGGACUUGGUGUGUAUGGAAACGGGAAGGGGGGUGGGCUAGUAUAGGAAAAAGUAUAGAAAAGAGGUAGAGACCUCAGUUUUUCCAAUGCAUGCCAAAAGCACACUACUACUGAGAAGGCUGGAGAAAUGUCUCAUUACCUUUAAACUCCGUUAAAUCAAAAUCCGUUUGCUACCUGUACCAAACUGUUUUGUGUGUAAGAUACAUUUACAAACGUCAAUUGUCAUUUUUAGUAAAUUUUGUUGUUUAUAUGAAAGUUACAUUUAUAGAAGUUUUGCUUAAAAUUAAAAACUACCUGCGUCGUUUUGUCUUCAAAACUACAUUUUAGCAACUAAGUUAAUGAUAAGGAAAGGCGUCGUGAAACUUUCGUCGCGAGAAAGUUCCACGAAAAGUAAAACUGCUUUCUUCUUGUGCAACCGAAAUCUGUGUCGCUAACAAGUUUUAGGAUAAGAUUGUGCCGUGUAAUACCCACUUGAAACUUGACUCGCCACACCAUUGCACGCAACUUGUAUAUACUAAAAGUUUCAACGUGUAACAAGGCCUUUAUCAUAUUUACUUUUUGUAUUCAACAAACCAUCACAGUCCCAUCUAGUAACCACUAGUUGUUCUUAUACACUUGUUGUAUUUAACACACCAACACAGUCCCAACUAGUAACCACUAGUCAUGCUUAUUCACUUGUCGUAUUCAACACACCAACAAAGUCCCAUCUAGUAACCACUAGUUGUUCUUAUACACUUGUUGUAUUUAACACACCAACACAGUCCCAACUAGUAACCAGUAGUCACUAGUAGUAGUCAUUCUUAUUCACUUGUCGUAUUCAACACACCAACACAGUCCCAUCUAGUAACCACUAGUUAUUCUUACUCACUUGUCGUAUUCAACACACCAACGGAGUCCCAACUAGUAGCCACUAGUUAUUAUCACUCUACUUUUUAAUAUACUAUCAGUUUCAACUAUUGAAAAUAAAGUAAAUAAAUUUACACAAAGAGAAUGUCUCUCAAUAGCAUCAUAAUAUUUCACUUUAAAUUGAAAAAAAGGUUUACAUCUUUGCUAUAUUGAAGUUGGUAAUGAACUAGAUAAUCAUAACAAACUAAGGUUUAUCUUGGAUUAUUAUAUUAUUAUUGUUAGUAUUUUAACAUUUUACAAGUAAAAACUGUCUACUGAAGUUGCAACAUUACUUUUUAUAUACUGUUAUUUCCGUUUAAGAAUCUUUUUCAGCGAAAAAUGUGCAGAUACACCACAAAAUGUCUCCAACUGCAAAACUGAAUUUAUGAUCAAUUUUUCCUUGGAGUACACUUAUCAUUAUUGAGUCCGAAAGGUCGUUAAGACUGUUUAAGUAGUUAACUAAAACUGUCUUACACUGCAAGGGCAGAUCCAGAUGGAGGUGAAUCGGUUGACUAGUCGAUUAGUCGACUCUUUGGAUUGAAAAAAAAAAA